GGAUUAUGACACACCGUGUUCGGACACGCCCCUCAACUGACGAUUCUGAAUCGUUCUGAACCAUACCCGGGAACUGCAGUGUGCGUGUGUGCUCUCAACAGCAGGAAAGUGGCAUUUCCCUCCUUAUAUUAUUAUUAUUUUUUUUUUUUUUUUACAAAUCAACGUUAAGAACAAAUUCUGUCCUCCGUGAAGCACACGCCGAGAGGACUGCAUAAGACUUAUACAUUUUACCUACUACGAAGUUAGUGAAUAUGACUGAACCAGAGGUGAAUCCAAAAGCCUAUCCGCUUGCUGACGCAACGCUGAGUAAAACAAUACUGGAUCUUGUACAGCAAGCUUCCAAUUAUAAGCAACUGCGGAAGGGGGCUAAUGAAGCCACCAAAACCUUGAACCGAGGUAUUUCGGAGUUCAUUGUGAUGGCUGCAGAUGCGGAACCACUGGAGAUAAUUCUUCACCUGCCACUUUUGUGUGAGGAUAAGAACGUCCCGUAUGUAUUCGUGCGCUCAAAACAGGCUCUGGGACGAGCCUGCGGAGUCUCCCGACCAGUCAUC